AUGACAUGGAUCACAUAUUUACUUCAUGAUCUUGGGGUGUUUCUCAAGUCAGUUCCUACACUGUAUUGUGAUAACUUGAGUGUCUUGUACAUGACAGUCAAUCCAGUUAUGCAUGCUAGAAUCAAAUAUGUUGAGAUGGACUAUCACUUUGUUCGAGAAAAGGUGGCUAAAGGUCAACUUCUUACUCAGUUUGUGAGGUCUAAGGAUCAACUAGAUGACAUUCAUACAAAAGCAUUGACAAAGAAAUUGAGGUAUAAUAUUGAACAAGGGAUUGAUAGACCUUGGAUUAUAGCCGGAGACUUUAAUGCUGUGCUGUAUCCAAAAGAUAGAUUACAUGGUGCACCAGUAUCCUCAGCUGAAACUCAAGCCUCCACCAAGUGUCUUCAUGAUUUACAUCUCAACGAACUACCUUGGAAAGGAGAUUACUAUACUUGGUCAAAUAAACAAAUGGGUACUGAUAGAAUCUAUAGCAGAAUUGACAGGAUAUUUGGCAAUUCAGACUGGAUGAUGCAUUGGGGCCAUGUGGUUACACAAUAUGAAGUACCAUACAUCUCUGAUCACUCUCCUAUGCUAAUCAAAAUUGAGGACAACCAGUGGACAGUCAAACCUCCAUUCAGAUUCUUCAAUAUUUGGGCAGAUCAUAGCAAGUUCAUGGAAAAAGUAACAGAAAUAUGGCACAAGCAACUAGUACCAGGGAAAAUGGCAAAUAUUUGGGCAAAAUUGAAAGCUCUACAGAAGAUCUUGAAAACUUUAAACAAGGAGGAAUUCCAAAACAUCUCCACUAGAAUAAAUGAAGCUAGACUUGAACUAAUCCAAACACAGAAGCAGAUUAAUCAACAAUGCACAGAUGAACUUCUUUGCAAAGAAAGGCAAGCACUGAUGAAUAUUGAGAAAUGA